AUGUCAGAUAAUUCGACGCUUUCAAAAGCCGAUCCACAAGAUAUUCUUGAUGCAUUAGAAUUAAAUAGAAAGCUUCAAAAAGAAUUAGAUAGAAUUAAAUCAGGUAUUGACGCAGCAUUACAACGCAAUAUAAUUUUACAAGAGCGUCUCACACGAAUGAGACAGAAGGAAACUGAAGUCGGUGGUCACUCUAGAUCUGUACAAGAGACACCAAGUGUAAGAACAUUUGGACCACCAUUUUUUGUCGAUUCGGAGGGAAACACACCGCCUGAGAAUGAAGAUACAAGCGUUCGGCCGUUAAUUUUUAAGAGUACAAGAUGGACUUUAAGCGAAAAGGAUGCAUUGAGAAGGGGUGUUCAAGAUCAUAAUAUGAGACGGGAAGCGUUACGAGCUAUGAGGGAAGGUAGAUCAAUUCAAUCCGUAGAAAAAAUGUCAAAGAUUCUGUUUCUUUAUAAUGUGGAAGAAAUAAAUUGGUCACAAAUUGCAAAACAAUACGUGCCUACAAAAACAAAAGAAGAAUGUAUCAUUCAAUGGACAAACCACGAUCACCCAUGUAUUAAUAAUGAUGAAUGGACUACUUUAGAGACGAAAAAAUUAUUGGAAAUUGUUGAACAAAAUAAUUGUAGAAAUUGGCAGAAAAUUGCAUUAGAAUUAGGUAUUCGGUCUUCUGUUUUAUUCGUUGAUUUUUGUAUUGGUGAGUUUACAAUUUAUUUUUUCAUCUCUUUUUUCUCUUUGUCUCAACAGACAAAUAGAACUGCUGCCGAAUGUUUUAAGCAAUACAACAAGCAAUCCUCUGAUCCUCGUAAAUGGUCAAAGGAGGAAGAUAAUAUACUUAUACGAGCGGUAGAUCUUUAUGGUGAAAAGAAUUGGCAACAAGUUGCACAUUGCCUAGAUAAUAGAACAGGCCAGCAAUGCCUACACAGAUGGACUAAAACCUUGAACCCAGCAAUCAGACGUGGUCGCUGGAAAAAGGAAGAAGAUGAGGCACUUCGAAAUGCAGUCUCUAUCUAUGGUGCUGGUAAUUGGGUUAAAGUACAACAAUAUGUAUUAGGUAGAACAGAUGUACAGUGUCGUGAGCGUUGGAUGAACGUUCUUAAUCCAAGCAUUAAGAAAGAUUCAUGGACUAAGGAGGAGGAUACAAAAUUGUUAGAGUUAGUAAAAAGCAUAGGAGUAGGAAAAUGGGCAAAGAUUUCUGCAUUUAUGGACGGACGUACAGACAACCAGGUUAAUAUUUAA